AUGAAACUGAAUUUAUCAACUGAGCAACAAACUUCUUAUGAAUUCCUUCCCGAGGCGCUGUCAGCCGAAACGAGACGACUUUCGAGACAGCUUUUAGCUUUGAUCACCGUGUACGCCACAGUACCGCUCUUUGAGACGCUACCUUAUACGGGUAGAUUCCCACAUAUAUAUUUAUUGAUAAUUGAUGAAUAUUUUAGUGGUUUCCUUUCAAGUGAGCACAACUUAAUAUAUCACCAUCAUCACGCACUCAACGGUCGUAUUAGUCAUGUGAAUUUAUCCGGGUGUGAAUAUAAGCUAGCUCUCUACCGUAUUCUGGAUAUGACAAGUGGACAAUUGGGAAAACCAAUUGUGCGACUCAGCAGCUGUCAGCUUUCGAAUGGAUGGCUUGAUAUUACUGGUGCGGAAAGGUUUACGCAGCGUGACAGAGUGAAUUGUGUUCAUCUGAAUGUGCCCGAGAGAGAAAGCAGUGCAUCUAGUUCGGUUUAA